AUGCGCAAUUUGCAUGAUAUGCCAAACAAAAAGAUCGUUUACAGCAGUGCAAUGUCUGGUGUAUCACAUUUAUGGAUCACGUCAAGGUCGGGUGGAAGAGAAAAGAAAAAAAAUAUGCGCGCAAGUGGAUCUGGCAUAAUAAAAUGUGAACAAAAUAGGCAACGAACAACAACUAAAGCGAUAUGCUGGAUAUUUUAA